GUUUUACAAAUAUUAUAAAAAACGAGCGUCCUCUUGAGCGGCCGAAUCAUCCGAUGAGACUGCACGAAUCUUAAAGUCAUUGCACGAAUCUUAAAGUCACCGGUGAUUUUAGAACUAGUAGAACAAAAUCAUCGUCAACAUGAUUCCUCUCUCACUCAUCCUCUCUCAACGCCGGCGCUCGUCAUGGCGGGGAACCUGGGCUGGCCGCCGGCGCUCGUCAUGGCGGGGAACCUGGGCUGGCCGCCGGCGCUAGGCGAGAAGAACCCAUCGAGGAUUGGGAGGAUCCGUGGAGGAAGGAGGAGGGGCGGUGGGAACCUAGGCUGGCCGUUGGCGCAAGGUGAGGAAGGAGCGUCCAGGAUUUGGAGGAUCCGCGGCGGGGGAGCAGGAGGGGUGGCUGGGAAAGACAGGGCUGCGGCGGAGGGGACAUGGCCAGAGAGGGGAGGAGCAGCGGCGGCGGUCGCUCGGGGAGGAAGGAGGAGGGGCGGCGCAACGAAUCCGGCCGCCGGAGCUAGGCGAGGAAGGAGCGGGCGGCGGCCACGCAACUUGAAAUCUCUGAUAAGGAGCUUGCACUUCGUCGGCGCGGUCACAUGGCGUUGUAGUAGUGCCGUCAAUCCCGCAGGGUUGAAGAUCUGCAUCUUGAAGAACAAGUGCAAGUGCAAGCCAGAGUAUGGUUGUAUCACCCUCAGCUAGAAGUGAAGGAGAGGGCCUGCAUGGUGAAGAAGAGCCACUGAACUCAGGCACCGGCAAGUUGAAAAUGAAGUAAUUUCCCCUCAAAGAAAGAAAAAAAUGGAGUUAUUAACAUGGAGGAUGAGGAGGAUGCUAGAGUAGAUGAGCCUUCAGGGAAGAGACAGAAGAAGCCACAUCAGAAUGUUGGCACAUCUAUUUUGUUAUGUGAUGGAGAAGGGUCAUCUGUUGUCUCAGCUGCGUUUUUUGAAGCUGGUGUUUUCAUGAGAACCAAAAUGAAUGAUACCAAACUGCAUCUGUCACAGCAACAUUACAACAAGAUUAUCGCAUCCUUAAUGCACCAACACAGUAAUGAAGAUGCAUUCUGCACAUAUUAUAUUGUUGAAAGCCUGAAACUAAUCUACUGUUGUACAUCACGUUUCCCACCCAGACCAACAUCACUAAUGUUUUUAUGUGCAUGUUUUCUGCCUGCCUGUCAGUGACCUCUGUAUAAUGAUGGUGGUAUAC